GAAAUGAAGAACCAUACAAAGCAGAUAGAGUUUAUCCUACUGGGACUGACAGAUAACUCUCAAUGGCAGAUGGUAAUUUUCGUAUUUCUACUUCUAAAUUACACGUUGAGCAUGAUAGGCAACUUAGCCAUCAUUGCCCUCACUCUGUUGGAUUCUUAUCUAAAGACUCCAAUGUAUUUCUUCCUUCGGAAUUUCUCUUUCCUGGAAAUCUCAUUCACAACUGCUUGCAUCCCCAGACUCUUAAUCACCACUGUAACCAGGGAAAAGACCAUUUCCUUUAAUGCCUGUGUAGCUCAGAUGUUUUUUUACAUCUUCCUGGGGGGUACAGAACUUUUUCUUCUGGCUGCUAUGUCCCAUGACCGCUGUGUUGCUAUCUGCAAACCUUUGCAUUAUACAUCCAUCAUGAACAGCAGAGUUUGUCACCAGCUUGUACUCAGCUCCUGGGUAACUGGCUUCCUGGUCAUUUUCCCUCCAUUGAUUUUGGGUCUUAACCUGGAUUUCUGUGCUUCAACUACCAUUGAUCAUUUCAUUUGUGACGUUUCUCCUGUUCUACAACUUUCUUGCUCAGACACACAUUUACUAGAAUUAAUUGCUUUUUUGUUAGCUCUGUUGACCCUUAUUGUCACAUUGUCAUUAGUAAUCCUUUCUUACUUCUAUAUCAUCAAGACAAUUCUAAAAUUCCCUUCAGCUCAACAAAAGAGAAAAGCAUUUUCCACCUGCUCGUCUCACAUGAUUGUUGUCUCCAUUACUUAUGGAAGUUGUAUUUUCAUCUACAUAAAGCCAUCAGCAAAUGAAAGAGUUACUUUAAGCAAAGGAGUAGCUGUGCUCAACACUUCAGUUGCACCUUUGCUGAAUCCAUUCAUUUAUACCCUGAGGAAACAGCAAGUUAAAAAAGGCUUCCAAACUCUAUUCAAAAAGACAUUUUCUGCUUUAGAAAAAUAA